GAUCCGUGUACACGCGAAUAAACACUUAAUUUAGACAUUAGGCGCUGCCUCCACUCAAAUACACAGAGCCAAUAGGAAAACCCUACUUCGCGUGUUCUCAGACGUCAUUUAUUUGUUCCAGCUGUGGAUGAUAGCCAGUAUAUUUCGUCUCUUGUGAAAGAGCAGGUGAACUGAUUGCGGAUCUGACACACACACGCCUGCAGCUACAGUCACUGACUUUCACUUCUGACUGACCGGCUGUCACACGGAGUCUAGUCGCUGUACCCGUGCCUUCAGCCCCACAAGGACAUACACUGAAAAAUUUUGCCAUGGGUGAGUAGACUGAAGUGUGGGCGUAGCUGUUCAGUGGAGCAAGGAGCAAGAUAUCACAAGCAUAGUGUCCACAUUCUCACAAAAUAGACGAUGGGUGAAGCCGAAGAUGAGAAGAACCAGGCAGGACGGCUAUUUGAGAACUUUGUUCAGGCCACUGACUGCAAAAGCACCCUGCAGGCCUUCAAUAUUAUGUGCAGUUACCUGGAGCUUGACCCUCUGGAGCACAGCACCUUCUACAGCGGCCUGAAGAGCAUGGUGACGUGCUGGAAAGCCAAAGCCCUUUGGGGUAAGCUGGACAAGAGAGCCAGCAACAAAGAGUACAAGAAUGGCAAAGCCUGUGAGGGCAUUAAGUGCUUGAUAAUUGGAGGGGGCCCCUGCGGCUUGCGGACUGCCAUCGAGUUAGCUUUCCUCGGAGCCAAAGUGGUGGUGAUAGAGAAGAGAGAUACAUUCUCCAGGAACAACGUCCUACAUCUCUGGCCCUACACCAUUCAUGACCUCAGGGCCUUAGGAGCCAAGAAGUUUUAUGGAAAGUUCUGUGCUGGAACAAUAGACCACAUCAGGCCGGGCUGGAGGGCAGAGAUCCGACCUGCGGAUCACCCUGUGGCCGACUUCGACUUUGAUGUGGUGGUGGGAGCUGAUGGGAGACAAAACUCUUUAGAAGGGUUCAGGAGGAAGGAAUUUCGUGGCAAACUGGCCAUCGCCAUAACGGCAAACUUUAUCAACAGAAACACCACCGCUGAGGCAAAGGUCGAAGAGAUAAGUGGAGUUGCCUUCAUCUUCAACCAGAAAUUCUUUCAGGAUCUCAAACAGGAAACUGGGAUUGAUCUAGAGAAUAUCGUCUACUACAAAGACAACACGCACUACUUUGUCAUGACGGCUAAGAAGCAGAGCCUGCUGGACAAGCAUGUCAUCAUUCAUGAUUAUAUCGACACUGAGGCACUGCUGAACAGUGAGAAUGUGAACCAAGAGGCUUUGCUGGCAUAUGCACGAGAGGCAGCUGACUACGCCACCCACUACCAGCUGCCCACGCUGGACUUCGCCAUGAACCACUGCGGUCAGCCUGAUGUGGCCAUGUUCGAUUUCACGAGCAUGUGCGCCUCAGAAAAUGCUGCUCUGGUCCGGGAGAGGUUUGGUCACAGUGUGCUGGUGGCACUAGUGGGAGACAGUCUUCUAGAGCCCUUCUGGCCUAUGGGGACCGGCUGUGCCCGCGGCUUCCUGGCAGCCUUUGACACGGCUUGGAUGGUAAAAAGUUGGGCGCAGAGUAGAAAUCCACUCGAGGUGCUGGCAGAGAGGGAGAGUUUGUACCGAUUGCUACCUCAGACAACACCUGAAAACAUCGCCAAAAACUUGGAUUUCUACACCAUAGAUCCAGGAACGCGCUAUCCCAACCUUAAUUCAAACUGUGUGAGGCCACACCAGGUCCGCAACAACUAUAUCUGUGGAGAGAUGAAGUCGUGCUCUCUGGAACGGGCCGCCACGAUACGCCGCCCUGUCAACUUUGCCAGAAGAG